UAAAAACCCUAAUUUAUACUUACCGAGCCUGAGUCGCUUUCUUCUUUCACAAGAAAAAACAAUGAUGAUGCCUCACCUUCCAGCGGAAUUAGUAGAGGAAAUACUCUCUAGAGUCCCCGCCAAAUCUCUGAAACGAUUACGCUCUACUUGCAAACAAUGGACCACUUUAUUAAAAAACCGAGGAUUAAGCGAGAAGCACUUUCGUAAAGCUCCAAAGCAGUCUCUGGUUCUCAUAUCGAACGAUUAUAGGGUUUGUCCAAUGAGCAUCAAUCUUAACGUUGUUGCUCCAUCUAUAGAGUUUAAGAGAGAACUUAGCCUAAAGGAUUUCCUUUAUAGUUCUAUACAAGUUGAUAUAACCACAGUUUUUCAUUGCGACGGUUUGUUGUUAUGCACCACCAAUGAUGAUAGACUCGUAGUUUGGAACCCGUGUUUGGGGGAAACCAGGUGGAUUCAACUCAAAGCUGAUUACGAGAAACACUCUAUGUUUGCUCUAGGAUACCAAAAUAACAAAUCUUGUCAGCUAAAAAUCGUGAGGUGUUGGAACUGUAACGAACCAAACAUAGGUGUUGCAUUUGAAAUAUAUGAGUUUAGCUUCAUGGAGGUUUUGUGAUAAUGUUUGUGUCGGCUACGUUAUAAAACCACAGACUGGUGUGUCUUUUAAGGGAAAUACAUAUUGGGUUACUUUCAAUGAAAGA